AUGGAGAGCUCUGACAAUCCCCGUCGACGCAACCGCCGCAUUCAUUCCUGCCUGGCGUGUCGUCAGCGCAAGCUGAGAUGCAAUCGCCAACAACCCUGUUCCAACUGCUCCCGGUCGGACCGUGAAUGUAUCUUUCUGCGACUCGAUUCGGAGCACCAGGUGCGGAAAAAGCUCGCCACGUUCAAGGAACAGUCCGCGUUAUUGGCCAAAUCCCUCGAGCAGGAUGUAGUCAUUGCCACGCCCGCUAAAAUGACCUCUGGAUCGCUGGAGGAGAGUGAAGAUGAUCUAUUGAUUACCUCGUUCGACUUAGCGCUUCUGGGCAUCCAGGAUGCUACGUACGACCAUGAGGAGGAUGAUGGUUCAGAUGAUGAUCGCUAUGAUCUGGGCUUUCGGUUUGGGAAGAUGCGCAUGAACGAGCGUGUAGGAGGAUUUUUCCAUCCGCACAUGGCGGAUGAGCUCUCCGCAUUCCUAGACGAAACUACCGGCACCGGCACACCCCGAGCGCCUAACUUGGAUAACCUCAGCGUAGCGGAGAAGGAUCUGUACUUUGGCCCGGGGCCUUCCUUCAUUCCACCCCAGUCGGGUUUCCUCUUCAGCCCUUCGUGUUCGACCCCGAUAAGCGAUUGGUUUCCCCCGCGAGACAUGGCAGACACCCUGAUGCAACAGUACUGGGAGGCGGUCCAUCCAGUUGUGCGCAUAGUGCAUCGACCUAGCAUCGAAUGGCGCCACAGGGCUUUUUGGGAGGCAAUAGACACGGGUGCGCGACCGUCUGCAGCGCUGCGCGCCCUAACUCUGGCCAUGUUCUUCACGGCGGUGGUGAGCAUGCCAAUGCACCAGGUCUUGCAUCAGUUUGGGAUCCCCCAACAGGUUCUGCAAAAGCGGCUGCAAUUCCAUACGGAAAAUGCCCUCAAGGGCGCGAAAUUACUUUCGACGACUAGACUGGAAACUCUCCAGGCUUUUGUAUUGUACUUGAUCCCAAUGUGUCGCAGCGAGAUCUCUCGGGCGCAUUCCGCCCUCGUGGGCAUGGCAGUGCGCUUGGCCGAGUCUAUGGGGCUCCAUCGUGAUCCUGGGGGAUCGCAGUACUCAGCCAUCGAAAGCCAUGUCCGCCGAUUAGUCUGGUACCAGGUAUGUUUCCUAGAUCUCCGAACUUCCGAGGUCCAAGGACCUCGCGUGGCUAUUCGGCCAGGGGACUUUUCUGUGGAGCUGCCCCUCAACCUGGAUGAUAACCAGAUAAUGGACAAGGAGCAAGGCGGUUCACGCAUGUGGACGGAAAUGACCUACACACGCAUCCGGUUUGAAUGCCAGGAGAUGCAGCGGAAGUGCCUUCUCCUGCGUAUCCAACUGGAGCAGAAAAAGCUUCCUCUAUCGCAAGUACUGAAACAGAUCGAGAGCUUUCGCCAGCACAUGGAGUCCCAAUACAAUCCCAUCCUCAGCCAAACCAAUCUUACCCCACUGCAGAGUGCAGCCAAGCAUUUGAUGACCUUGCUGAUCAGCCGCCUCUACACGGCUGUUCUCCACCAGCUCUACCGCAGCUUGGUUCGGGAGCCGCCUGUUCGGUUGCGACAGCUCGUGGUGACCACGGGGAUCCAGCAACUGGAGAGCUCAAUGGCGUUGGAAACAAUCCCCCAGCUACAGCCUUGGUCUUGGUAUAGCCAGGCCUAUCACCAGUACCACGUUUCCAUGCUGCUGUUACUGGAAGUAUACCUGCGUCCCACCGGCUCGGAAGCUGAUCGAAUCUGGUCGUGCCUGGAGUAUGUAUACACAACGACAUCCCCAGCGUCAGAGGAUCAUGAUGAUCUGGGGAGUCGACGUCGCAAGGCUCGAUCAUUAUUGACGGCUCUACGAGACCAUCUCGAUAUUUACUGUCGCAUUAGGCGCGCACGCGUGCCGGCGCAGUCGCGUGGUUCGUCCCACGUGGACAUCAAACGGUCACCCAGCACGGUCCCAGAUCGCAAGUCGCCCCUCGGGGAUGCAGUCGCCACUUGGGGUAUCUGCCGAUCAAUUUUCGAUGGGCCCACCAUCGCAGACAGAUUGGCUACCGACGGAUCCCUGGCCGGUCCAACUGAAUCACUACCCCGUGCUCCUUUUGUCGACUAUGGUUGGGCUGAAUGGGAUACCCUACAUCGUAAUAUUCUGGAUGGCACAUUCUAA